AUGGAACUGAAAGUACCCUUUGUGCCGAUCAGGAAGAAGGGGAAAUUGCCCGGGAAGACACAUCAGGAGGUAUAUAUCAAAGAAUACGGAGAAGAUGUAAUCGAGGUGCAGGUGGACGCGAUCAGUCAAGGUUCGAAAGUGUUGUUAGUGGACGAUCUGUUGGCAACGGGCGGAAGUCUGAGGGCUGCCGUUUCACUGAUCGAGAAAGCGGGUGGCGAUGUUGCAGAAGCAUUUACACUGAUCGAACUUGCCUAUUUGAGUCCGCGGAAGCAUAUCCCCGAGCAUAUUCCCAUCUAUUCGCUGAUCACAUUAACGGAAUGA